CGGCUGUCAGCUGAUUGACAUGAUCAAAUUUCGGCUGUGAAGUGUGUUGUGUGUCUCUCAGCUUUAACUCAAGGAGACCAAAGUCUGCGAAAGUUGGGUGAAUUAAGAGUUUGAAAGUCCACACCCGCAGGACGAGUGGAGAUGGAGGCAGACACACUUGAGGACGAGCUUCUCCUCUGUGCUCAGCAGGGCAGUUGUUCUCAAAUCCAGAGGCUCCUCCAGUCGAGGAUCGAGCACGGCGGUCCUCUCAACAUCAACUGCAGAUCUAGGUCUAAAGGCAGUUCAGGAUGGACACCCCUCCACCUGGCCUGUUACUUUGGACACAGGGAUGUUGUGGAGGAGUUACUCAAGACAGGUGCUGAUGCAAAUGUGCAGAAUGACAUGGGUGACACGCCUCUACACAAAGCAGCCUACACUGGAGGAAAGGAGAUUGUUCUGUUGCUGCUGCGGUAUGAUGCCUGUUCCAACAUAAUCAAUGGAACAGCUCAGAUCCCUAAAGAUGUGACAGAGGAUGAUGAAAUCAUUACAAUGCUGGAGGCUGCAGAGAGAAGAGAGACAAGACGGCGGGAGGAGAAGCUUCUGGAGGCAGCUAGAGAGGGCGACAUCUCCACAGUGUCUAAGCUGCUCAGUGGAAAAGGAGCUCCAGAUAUUCACUGCAGGGACUCGGUGGGGAAUACGCCCUUACACUGUGCAGCCUACAGAGGGCAGAAGCAGUGCAUUUUAAAGCUGCUCAAGUCUGGAGCAAGCCCCAGUAUUAAAAACAACAAUGACCAGACAGCAUUAGACCUGGUACAGAGUGAUGAACUGAGACCGAUUCUAGCAGCCUUUCAAUACAAGGAUGUGAGCAGUGGGGUGCAGAAGAUUGAAGGCCCUCUUUGGAAGAGUUCACGCUUUCUUGGAUGGCGAUCCCACUGGGUGGUAAUUGAAGAUGGAACUCUCUCCUGGUACCACAGACAGGCUGAUGCACUGGCUGGUGUCAGAAAACAGGGCUCCAAGUCCCUAUCUCAAGCCUACUGCAUGGUCAAACCAUGGGAUCAUUGCUUCUUCAUGCUCAGGUGCUUUGAUGACACUGUACAUUAUUUUAAGGUCCCCUCAAAGACAGAUUCAAUGGCAACAAGAAAAAGAUGGCUGGAUGCUUUUGAGGCGCAUUCAUCCUAUAGCACUCGCCACCACACCCACGAAGACACCACCGAUGAUGCAGAUGGUGAUGGUGGCGCCACAGUGAGGAAUCUGUCACACGCCCUUCAGGCAGCCAACGCUAUCCAGCAGAAAUUGGAGAGUGAAGUGUCAAUAUUUAUAUCGAUGGUGAAGAAUGAGGAGAAUUGUGAAUUGGCUGCUCCUCUGUUGCUGAAAGCCAAAGAGACCAGUGAGCUCUCCAGUGAAACCUGUGCUGCUCUCCAUCUGUGCCUGGAACUGCUAUCAAAACAAGAGGAGGUGUGGAGUCUGAAGUUAGAGCAGGAGGUGGAGAAGAACAAAGCUCUGACAGAGGCUCUGCGGACAUUGGCAACUGAUCACCACGAACUCAAGCAGUCCCUGUGUAAGACCAGAAGGUUGUCUGCCCUCAGUACCCUCACUGAAGAUGACUUCUAUGACGCUGUGUCAGAGUCGGAGUCGGAGCUCUCAGUGAGCGGCUUCCUGUCUGUGGCCAGUCAGUCCUGUGAAGAGGACGAGGGGAGAGACACCCCCCUUCUCAGCAGCCUCCGCCAUCCCAGCGCACUCAGGGGGCCUACCGGAAUGUCAGGGGAGGGUGACCAUGGCAACCAACCAGCCCAAUACAAUGGAGUCAAGAAGCACAGAGCAUGUUUACCGGCUCCCAUGUUCUCCAGGAAUGACGUGAGCAUCUGGAGUAUCCUGAAAAAAUGCAUCGGCAUGGAGUUGUCAAAGAUUGCCAUGCCUGUUAUAUUUAAUGAGCCUCUGAGUUUCCUCCAGCGGUUAACAGAAUACAUGGAGCACACCUCCCUCAUCCACCAGGCCAAUGCCACCACAGACUCUAUCGAGAGGAUGAAGUGUGUUGCAGCAUUCGCUGUGUCAGCCGUAGCAUCGCAGUGGGAAAGGACUGGGAAACCCUUCAACCCACUACUGGGGGAGACCUAUGAGCUCAUCAGAGACGAUCUGGGCUUCAGGUGGGUGUCAGAGCAAGUAAGCCAUCACCCUCCAGUCAGUGCCUUUCAAGCUGAGGGCCUCAAGGAGGAUUUUGUCUUCCAUGGCUCCAUCUACCCCAAACUCAAGUUUUGGGGAAAGUGCAUAGAAGCUGAGCCCAAGGGACUCAUUACACUGGAGCUGCCUAAAUAUAACGAAGCCUACACUUGGACAAACCCCAUUUGUUGUGUCCACAAUAUCAUUGUUGGUCAGCUUUGGAUUGAGCAGUAUGGCAACGUGGAAGUGCUCAAUCACAAGACCGGAGAGAGAUGCAGCAUGACGUUCAAGCCCUGUGGCCUCUUUGGAAAAGAGCUCCAUAAAGUGGAGGGAUACAUCCUAGAUAAAAGCAAAAAGAAGCUCUGUGCGAUAUAUGGCAAAUGGACUGAAUGCCUGUACACAGUAGACUCUACUACAUUCGAUGCCCACAAAAAGACUGACAGAAAGAAUUCAGAGGAAAAAAAGGGCAAUAAACAGAGCAGUGUGGAUGAGGAACCAGAAGAAAUGCCUCCACCUGAUGCCGAGACAGUCCAGGUCAUCCCAGGCAGCGAGCUCAUCUGGAAGAUAACGCCUCGACCUGACAACUCAGCCAAGUUCUAUGCAUUCUCCACAUUCGCCAUGCACCUAAACGAGCUGGAGAAGAGCAUGGAAGGAGUUAUUCCCCCAACAGAUAGUCGCCUCAGACCUGACAUUCGCGCCAUGGAGAAUGGAGAUAUAGAUUUGGCAAGUGCAGAGAAGAAGAGACUGGAGGAAAAACAGAGAAUGGCCCGGAAAAAUCGCAACAAAUCAACAGAUGAAUGGAAAACAAGGUGGUUUCAGCAAGGACCCAACCCUCAUAACAAAGCUCAGGACUGGCUCUACUUGAAAGGCUACUGGGACAGGAACUACAGUCACCUGCCUGACAUCUACUAAGUAGAAAUGCACACAAAUACCAUACACAUGGUACAACACCUUUUGGACUAAUCUUAUCUGCUGCACUGGGGUUUUUUCACAGUCUUAAAGCCGUCAAAGGCAGUGAAACCCUGACUGAACCCAGAAGCAUAUAUUCUUCAGUAGAUGUGUGUGUGUGUGUGUGUGUGUGAGAACAAUAAAGCACAAAAACUCUUUUUCUUAUUUAUUAGUAGUAUGGUGUAGACAUGUAUUGGAAAAACUAGAAUGUAUUUUAGAAAUAUUUAUAUAUUAUAUGUUAGAUAGUGUUUACACAGCAACCUUGGUUUUGUUGUUAGUCCGUCCAUAAUUCCUGCUGGUCAUGAAAACAUUUUACUCGUCCGCUUCGGUGUGGAGACAUACGAGGUAACACCACUAUGAACAGCUACAAUGGAGUGCAUGAUGCAUUCUGAGCAUAUUGAUUGAUUGUCAAGGCUUAUUUAACUCGUGCAUGCAUACUAUAAUGCAGUGCAAAGUAUUGAAAUAGACGGUUUGGGAACAUUUGCCAUUGAGUGGUGUACAAAGAAAAUUAGUGUUUACACUGGAUGUGUUCAUAAUCAGCUUGUUUGCAAUUGAUAGUAAAUCUCAUUCUUGCUGUUUCUCUGCAUCCCUUAUUUCUCUGCAGAGAUGACUAUGAAGAUGGCAAGUAAAAUGUUACCACAUCCAACAAGAAUCAUGGCCAGCACUACAACAAAAAGACUUAUUUUUUAAAACAUCAUUCAGCCCUUAACUAUGUACUGUAUAGAUAUGUAUAGAGACUAAGCCACUAGUCUACUUGACUCUGUAGAUACAGUAGCACUUUUUUUUUCUUCUAACUAUACUAACGCAGGGACACUGGCUCUGCACUUAUAGAUUUGGGUGUGCGUGUGCGUAAAGGUCUUGCCAUAGUUAAAGUAUAAUUAGCUAUAUUCCUAGUGCUAUUGAUCUAAUUGUAAUCUAACAUCACAAUAAAUGCAUGUGCAUCACUAACUAUGCAAGCCUUACCUCCUUCACAAUCAAGCAGUAAUUUUCUCAUGUUGUGGGUGGCUGCUAAAUGUUUGUUUUUUCUGUUAUCAGUCUUUUGGGUAUCAAAACAGAAUUUCUAUUGUUGCUGAAUAAAAGCUUAAUGUUAACUGAACUUUUUUUGGUUUUGUGAGAGUUGCUUUAAUUUUUAAGGAAAUAUGUGCAUUAGGUGGGUGUUUGCUGAAUUGUGGUAUUACAAGUGGAAUUAAAAAUUAAUAUAUUUUACUAGAUGCUGUCUACCCCACUGCCUUCUCUACCAGGGGCCAUGUCCUACUUACAUGCCCCCAGCGACUCUUUGUGAAAUUUGUCUUGGUCUUCCUAUUUUACUGAUUUACCUCCAAAAUUAUGCAGACUGUUCUUUUUCACAAUUCAUCCAUGGAUCCCUAGGGGAAGAAUCUAAAAUUCCCAGCAGUAGUUUGACCUGUUCAUAUCAAUAAUUUUUGUUUUGCCAUUGUAAAAUACAUACAGUUGGAAGUUAUAAGGUGCACCUAGCUAAGUCCUGCAAUAAAUCCUACCUUAAUGAAGGUUAUAAUGUUACUGUUUUAGAGGCAUUGAUUCACCAUUAUGAUGCUUUUAGAGGCUGUAGUUUGUGGUGCAGUUGAGCUGUAUUGCAGUAUACUAAGGUGUUAAUAUUUUGUCCUUGCCAUUUAUAUAAUUGAGGUUAGACUAAUGCAAUCGAUAUUCUCUGCUGCUCAUGUAAGUACCCACUGUGUAUUUGUUUUAAAUUGUUGGAAUGAUUAAAAGAGUUAUCAGUA